AUGUGGCGGGGGGGUUUCUCGCGUGGAACUUUACAUGGUGAUGCGUUACGUGCCGAGUUAUUGGCCUUGGAGGAUGGUUUAACGUGUUGUUGGGAAGGUGGGUUUCGGAAGGUGAGGUGCGAAUGUGAUUGCCUAGGAGCUGCUAUGCUGUUUCAAGAGCGAUCCAUGGAUAGGGAUUACCUGCAUAAUCACUAUGAUGUGAUUCGUCGAAUUAAGCGCUUGCUAGCUAGGGACUGGGUUGUUUACGUGAGUCAUAUACCUCGAGAGAUAAAUUCAGUAGCACAUACGCUGGCUAAUUGGGGUGUACGGAACAUAGGUUCCAAUGUAUUUUGGAGGAGUCCUCCAGAGUUUGUCCUGUUACAGUUAGGGAAAGACUCUAUGUCUUGA